AUGGACAGCACUCAGAAGAUUGACCUGUUUGAAUGCCCCUCUCCUGCGCCAAGGAAGGAGGAGAUGGAGGAGGAGGAGGAGGAGGAAGAUGGGAAAAUCCUGCCCCCGCCCUCGUCGUCACGUCUACAGGCCCCCCGCGCCUCCGUCGGUCUACAGCCCCCGUCCCCGUCGGUCUACAGCCCCCGUCCCCGUCGGUCUACAGCCCCUCCCGUCUCGCGCGUCGGUCUACAGCCCCCGUCGAGCCCCCGUCCGUCGUGUUCUACAGCCCCUCCCGUCGGUCUACAGCCCCCGUCCCCGUCGGUCUACAGCCCCGUCCCCCCCCGCUCGCCGUCGGUCUACAGCCCCCUCCCGUCGGUCUACAGCCCCUGUCCCCUGCGUCGGUCCUUACAGCCCGUCCGUCGGGUCUACACGCCCCCGUCCCCGUCGGUCUACAGCCCCCUCCGCUUCUACACCCCCCGUCCCCGUCGGUCUACCAGCCCCCGUCCCCGUCGUCUACAGCCCCCCGCCCUCCCGUCAGUCUACAGCCCCCCGCCCUCCCGUCUGGUUAACCCCCCGUCCCCGUCGGUCUACAGCCCCGUCCCCGUCGGUCUACAGCCCCUCCCGUUCGGUCUCAGCCCCCGGUCGAGUCUACAGCCCCUCCUGUGCGCUCUACAGCCCCCGUCCCCGUCGGUCUACAGCCCCGUCCCCGUCGGUCUACAGCCCUCGUCCCCGUCGCCGUUCUACAGCCCCCGUCCCCGUCGCGUCUACAGCCCCGUCCCCGUCGCUCUACAGCCCCCGUACCCCGUCGGUCUAACCAGCCCCGUCCCCGUCGGUCUACAGCCCCCGUCCCCGUCGGGUCUUACAGCCCCUCCCGUCGGUCUACAGCCCCCUCCCGUCGGUCUACAGCCCCCGUUCCCCGUCGCGUCUACAGCCCCGUCCCCGUCGGUCUACAGCCCCCGUCCCCCCGUCGGUCUACCCAGCCCUCCUGGCGCUGUCAAGCUAGCCCCCGUCCCCGUCGGGUCUGACAGGCCCCUCUGUCGGUCUACAGCCCCCGUCCCGCCCGUCGUCAUACAGCCCUCCCGUCGCGUCUACCAGCCUCCGCGUCUACAGCCCCCUCCUGUCGGUCUACAGCCCCCGUCCCCCUCGUCUACAGCCCCUCCCCGACAGGUCUACAGCCCCCGUCGUCUACAGCCCCUCCUGUCCGGUCUACAGCCCCGUCCCCGUCGGUCUACAGCCCCUCUCGCUUCGUCUACGACCCCCCCCCCCCCCGGCACACCCCCCCGCCCACACCCCCCUCCCCCCCCCCCCCCCCCCCCCCCGGCACCAUGA